GUGGUGGAUCGAGCUGGCAUACCCUACCACGGCGUGUACCCUGUCAACAACAGCUGCCUCUUCAGCACGAGAAAAUCGGCCCAGCUCUUCUGGGAGGAAAUGAUGAUGAGCAUGAAGAAAUAUUUCGAUAUCUUGCUUGAUACAGAGCCGGUGAGCACCAAAAUGACCUAUGAAGUCCUCCAACACCGGGAGAUCAUCGAGAAGAACAUCCAAGAACUACAGGAAAAAGUAUUUGAAGGACUGCAGGCGCUGGGUCUCCUCCAAGACUCGUACGACGCGGUCAAGAAGACCAGCUCGAAAGAGGCGAGCAAGCAGAAACUGAUCAACAUCGCGAAACGCUUCCGAGCCACCCAGCUGGAAGUGCACAAGCUCAUCCUCGAGUCGCACGCCAGCUUCUCCAAACUAGAGGAGAUCGCCCUGAAGCCCGAGGCCUUCACGGCGAUCGACUACAUCGACCUUCUCAUCAAGAACGAGGAGCGGAACCCCCAACGGGUGCAGGCGCUUAUGGCCUCACGCGAGGCGGCCAAGUGGACGGCCGAGAUCAGGGAGAAUUCGGAUUGGAAUCCCUUUGAUCGGCCGCUUGAGGACUUGAAGAAGCUUGGACUCGAGAUCAAAUUUGACGACGAGGAUUGCGACGUCCGGGUUCUCUUCCAAGAGCCCAACGGAUUUAUUAGAUUUCUCAAAAAAUUCUCUCAUCUUGAUUUGGAGCCGGACGUCCGUGAAUGCGAGUUUCCACUAGAGAGGCUCCUCGAGAAGGGACCAAUUUCCCCAUUCAAGACUCCCCUCACUCUAGAAAAACUCCUGCCGCCAUUCAGAGACGGAACCGUGUCGAAUCUACAGUGA